AUGAUUUUGUUCAAGCCGUUUACUUCUACGGAAGGAAUCAAUGUGAACAGCCAGGAUGACGAACUAAACGCCAAGCUUUACCACAACAGGGCGACCGCACACUUUUAUGCGGGUAGAGUAUUUUUGUUUUCUUGUAAAAACUAAUUUCAACCUUAAGGAAUGAAAAGAACAAUAAACAAAACAAAAUAAAACAAAAAUGAUCAUAGAAGAUUAAAUUAAAAGGAGUGAUGAAAUAUUGUAAUUUUAAAAAAUGAUAUGGACCUCAACACAGUCAUCACCCUCUUGAACACUACGGUAUCUGAUGACAAUUUAGCACAUAGGAUCUUGUGCAUUAACUGAUCUGAAACUUAAUCCAGCGAGUUCUCAGUGACCGGUAGUCCAAGCAUGUCCUGCGUGGCAGGCGCAAAAUACAGAGAGGGAGGGAGAGAAAAAAUGGAAAAGGGAAAGGAGUGCGUGCUAUACGAAGCCAGUUAUUUUGCAUAAUAACUCCCUUUUCCCUCCUUCCCCCUCCCCUUUCCACGCCUAUCAUGAUGCAGGUGAGAUCAAGCCAGGAAAUGUAGCCUGAGUAUCAGGCCUUCCUACGGGGCUAGGGGAGAGGAGAUUUUAGAUGGGGGAGGGGGGAGGGGGAGAAGAGAAAGGAAGGCCUGACACAAAACCAUUCAGCAAAUCGUGUGACACAUCCAAAAUCUGGAUGUGGCAGUGAUUGGAUAACACACAAUACCCCCUGACGUCACCGACCGCAAGAGAGAUCGGCAAGGAGACGGUCAUUGAAAUUUUUCAUAGAUGUUUUGAUUUCAUGUUACCGCGGUAUGUGAUGCUUUUACAGACAGAGACGCAGAGAGGAAUUCAAAAAGGCUCUAGAGGGCGCUCUCAAGUUCUUUCCUGGAAUAAAAAUAAAACCCGAGCAAGAAUUGUGUUUUCAAGGCCUCGUAGUUUAAAGGAAACAUGUACUCGAAGUAAGGAAAAGCCUCAUAUACCAUCUUCUAUGUCCAAGUAUUGGUUUCACAAGACCGGGACAAAGAAGACGAUAUCACUGUUUCAGAUAACUAAGUUCAGAUUUACAACAUCCUGCCGUUAAAAGGGUAUUGUUACUGUAAAUAAAAAUAGAGCGAGGUAGCCAUGUAUUGAGAUAGCCGCGGGGAUAGCCGACAGCACCAAUGCUUUUAAAAAGCUUGACUUUGCUUGUUGCGGUUACGAUAACGUACGUGAUUGGAAUUCGUUCGCUUCCUCUUCCAAAAUCAUCUCACUUUUGAAAUGUCUUAAGCUCAAGCGGGCGCCAUCAUAUUUCGCCAACGGGAUUGACCUUUGCUGUAGGCUCUCACUUGUUUUGAACUUGUAACAGCUUUCACGAGCUCUCUGUGAAGUGGUGGAAUCUGCUGCCGCUUGAUAAUUUCUAGGCAUAGGUGUGUCACUAUCGAACUUCCUAUAUAUUCUCACAGCUCCUUUCAACCACGCGAGAAUACGAGGGAUAACACCAUCUUUUUAGCUGCCAGACAAGCGCCUGAUUUAACUCUGUAAACAAAAGCAAUUUACAAUUUUCCGGGCACACGUUUGUUUACAAACAGAGCGUUGGCGAUCUUACACUAGCACAAUUCCUAAACCCUGCUAUAAUUCCUCAUAAACGGCAGGUUUUACAUUACAAGUAUUCGAAAACUCCUCAUUGGGACUCAUUGGAGGUUUCAGAAAAAAGCGAAAUCGUAGCAACACAAGCACCGGAGCUCGGCCCGACCGUUAAGUUAGAUUUAUUUUAGGCGAGCUUUUUGACACGUGAAGCUGACAACCCAAUGACCGGAAGUGAUUUUGAUUGGAUGGUAUCGAAUCAUGCUGUGUGAGGGUGGAAGGCUCCAGUAAAAGCAUCUGUGUCAGGCGUUUCUUUCCUUCACCUCUCUUCCUUUUUCGCUUCCAUUUUUCCCCUUUUCCCCAGAAACGCCUGAUACUCAGGCUACAGGAAAUGUGAUUAACAUGACUCUUGUGACUCUCUUUUUCCCGACACACCAGUUCUUCUUUUACAAACUUCUGAAGUGAAUAACGUAUACAGAUACAUUCUUUCAUAGGUGAAAAUUAUUAUUAUUUUUUAUUGUUGUUUUUUUUUUAUUUCCAGGAAAUUAUGAGGAUUCACUUAGUGACUACAAGGUUGCAGUAUCAUUACAUCCCACUUACUUAAAGGCUAUAGUCAGAGGUGAGAAUAGAUUAUAACACAGUUUAUCACGCUACACAAUGAGAAGUCUUAUAACCCAAAACUUGCUUUACACCAAACCUUUUAUACCCCUGAUUUAAAUGGAGAUAACAUCACUACCAUUUAAAUCUUGAAUUCUUUAUACAUUAAAAUUUGUUUUAAAAAAUAUGGGCAUUUGGAACUCACGUUCAGAAUAGGACCACCAUAGUUCAAGUUAACCUGAAAUCAGUACAAGGUCAGGAAACAAAGGAGGACAGGGCUCGUUCAUCUCCAUGUGAGUUAAGAAUACAAGAUAUAUCUCAUGGCCGGGUUCCAAAAACUUCGUAGCCAUGAUCGUAUUUUACUAAAACCCUUAGAAACAAUUAAAACAUGUAGCUUUCUAAAGGACUGCUGAUGAGUUAUGAAGACGUGUAAGAUAGAAUUCAGUGGCAUGUCUCAAUUUCACGUAGGAGCGACUACCUGUGUGAAGUUGAAGAAGUUUGAAGAGGCUAAGAAAUGGUGUGAGCAAGGGCUUUCAGUAUCCUUUACUGCCUGCAAAUGAUCUUUGAAACUACUUCAAUCGUAUUUCUAUUAUAUUGUCCAUUUUUGCCGAUAAUGACAUUCUCCUUUCUCAAAUAAGGGUAGAUCCUUUAAGUUUCACUGUAAAGAAUUUUACUUAUACUGUUUCUUAAAGGAAACGUAAAAGGCCUAGUUCAUCCUGUGGUUUUUUGUCUCUGAUGUUAAAUUAUUAUUAUCAACCGCGUCCAACUACCAAAUUGCGAUCGGUUCCAUGACGCCGUCCACCAUUUACAAUGCUCAUAAUUUGUAAGUAUCAAAUGUUAAACCUGAUUUUUCUCCGCUAAUAAAGAAAAAGCCUGCAUCUAUGAGGAAAACAGCCCAAUUCAAACAAUUAUAACAACUAAAUCGUUAAUCACAUCUAGAGAGCGAGUGGUAGAACAGUAAACAACACCUGUUAAAUCUUUAAUUAAUAAGGAUUUGCAUAGCGCGAGAAUCUCGUAUGCUGUGAUCCAGGAUAAUUCAUAAAUUGAUGUUUUCUUUUUUGCUCUUAAUAUUUCUUCCUGGAAAGCUUCAAGCUCCUAAUUAAAUUGUUAAGGGACGGACCAUUAUGGGGGAGGGGUGGGGAUUUUUGCCUUACAAGAACUUUUUACUGGCCGAUUGCCUGUGCAAGAAUUUUUUUUUUUUAAGUGCGACCGUUUGUAGGAAUUUUUUUCGGAAAAUUUCAUUCACACGUUUUAUUCAUUAAGAUAAAUGAAAAUGACGCUGCUUCGUUUUAUUACAGAGGUUGCUCUAUAAACGUGACUUUCACUGUUCAAGUUUACACUUAUGACUCACAAUACUAAAGUUUAAUUGAUGUAACUUGCACAAUGACUGUCCUAGACGGCAUGGCGCCUUUCUUUUGCUCUUAUGCCACCACUAGGCAGGGAAUGUAAGUUUUUUUUUUUUCAUGAAAAUCGUAUGCUGAGAUGCCUGCAUUUCACAGAACACUGUGUAAGUCCUUUUAUUAACGUCUUACACAGAGCGUACUCAUGCGCAAUGUCUUGAUAGAAACGCUGGUGUCCAGACACUACAGCUUAAACUAUGCAACUGACUAUAAGUGAAAGUUAUUUGUAUCUCAUUAGUGAUUUAGGAACAUUUUAAAUUUGAGAAAUGAUCAAAACAUGAGAAAAUAUUGCAGAAUGGCUUUAACUCCCAGCGCAAAAAGUCCAAGUCUGAAUAUUUGAUUAUCUUCUUCGAGAAUAUCGGAGCUAAAAACUCAGCUGUGUUUAUAAGCUAUAAAGUCAAAUAUCUUAAUAUACUUUGUUAUUUUAAGAGCUAUUGAUCAGUUUCUAAAUUUGUUUUCUCUUCUCUUCUCUAGUUCAGGCUGAGGUUUUUCCCUCCCACCAAAACACGUGGUCAUUCUAAUACCCAGGGUACCAGAGGGUUUUUUCUCGCGUAUGGUGGGAAUCUUCUUUGUCGAACAGACACCGAAGCCGCAAGCGGUAAAGCAAAAAAACUCACUUUUGCGCGUGUCACUAUAAGAAAAAAACCUUGACACACCCCCAACCCCCCUGCCCCCCAUCAGUUUUCUAAUGGUCCUUUCCUAAAUAUCCUCUGGCAAAGUCAUCCGUCCCAGUCUUUUUUUAACUUCAAACAAACCUUGUUACAUGUCUUGACUAUCCUAAGAUUGACAAGUUUGACAAGACGCUCUUAAAUAUAAAGCAUUCAUGGAUCAUGAAUAAGUUCUCGGAAGUCGAGGCUUGCAUGAGAUCGGGCACUGCUUUUAAACGUCCAGAUGAUUUCAACAAAGCCAUAGAAUAUCUCAACAUUGUUCUUGGUGAUGUCAAAGAAAUGGGAGAAAAAGUUUUGGAGGAAAAAGCCUAUAGCUAUCUUGCUCGUGCUAAUGCCGGUCUUAGUGAUUAUAAAAAAGCCGUGGUCAACUACAACCUACUUCUUAGCGCUGCUAAAAGCUUAGGGGACAAGCUUGAGGAAGGAAAUGCGUAUGCAGGUCUUGGUGACGCUUUGUUACGCCUUGGUGAUUUCAAAGAGUCCCUGGAUUAUUACAAAUGUGCCCUGAGCAAUGCCGAAGAUCUGAACGACAAGGAAAAAAUAGCCAUUGCAUAUGGAGGACUAGGAAAUGCUUCCCAUGCUCUUGGACAUACUAAAACCGCGAUCAGCUACCUGGAACGGAGUCUUGACUAUGCCAAAAAAAUCGGAAACAAAAGUGAGAUAGGAAAAACAUACAACAUGAUAGGCCAAAUUUUUCACAACCUUGGAGACUAUAAGUCGUCCAUAGAGCACCACAAAAGUUCCCUUGAUAUUGCCAAAGAUGUCGGAGACGUGGUCAUAGAAAGCGAGGCGUAUGGUGGUCUUGGCAUUGCUUAUGACAGUUUCGGGGAUUUCGAAAAAGCCAUUUAUUACCAUAGCCAACAACUUAGGAUUGCUAAAACUGCUGGAGACAAAGUUGGUGAGGCAGUUGCAAAUGGCAAUCUGGGAAACUCUCAUACCGGUCUUCAAAACUUCGAGAAAGCCCUCCAAUACUACAAACAGCGCCUUAGUAUUGCAAACGGUCUGGGAGACAAGGCUGGGGAAGGACGCGCGUAUUUUCAUCUCGGCAAAACUUAUGAAAAACUUGGUCAUUAUGGUAAAGCUUUUGAAUAUUACACCCUUCGUCUCCGUAUUGCUGAAGAUCUGGGAGACAAGGCUGGGAGAGGGGAUGCCUAUGGCAGUUUAGGUGGAGUUUUCCUGUGUUUUGGAAAUUGGAAAAAAGUUGAAGAACUUUUCAAACAACGGCUUAGAAUUUAUGAAGAGCUUGAAAAUAACAUGGGGACUGCUAUUGCUUACUAUGGUCUUGGCCAAUGCUACGAGUUGAUGGGAAGUCUGCCUACAGAAGUCGAAAAUUACCGAUCAAGCGUUAAAGUGUUUAAUGAAAUAAGAGGGCUUCUCCAGUCUGAAGAUCAAUGGAAGAUUGGUUUUCGCAACGAAUGUAACAUUGCUUACAUAAGUCUGUGGAGAUGUCUGUUAAAACAAGAAAAGAUUAGUGAAGCUCUGGCUGCUGCCGAAGAAGGUCGGGCCGAGUCACUAGCUGAUCUUAUGAUUUCUCAGUAUGGUUUAAAAGAAUGUCAAUACUGCCAUUACAGAGGAAAACCUCUAGAAGAACAGGACUUUGGCGUGAUGAACAGCACUUCAUCAAGCACCGUAUUCUUAGCUGUAAACGUGCACGAAAACAAAGUAAAUAUCUGGUUACUUUCGAAAGAGAAACCUGUUCUUCACCGGGGGAAGACACUAGGCCAUCAUUGUGCAAAGUUUGCAGCUGAAACAUUACAGUCCUUAAUUCAAUUAGCCUACGAAAACAUUGGUGUUCGUGGUAAUGUUAACUGCGAGAAUCGGUCUUUAGAUGUGUUACGCGAAGACUGCUCCGGUGUGGAGCGGUCAUCCAAAAAGAGCUCACAGCCCAUUCUCCAAAAAGAUAUUCAUCCCUUGUCAGCUUUGUACAGCUAUGUGAUUGCCCCGAUAUUAGAUCUAAUUGAUGGGGAUGAAAUAAUCAUUGUCCCAGAUGGUCCAUUAUGGCUUGCUCCGUUUGCUGCAUUACUGAAUCCUUCUUCAAAAUACUUGUGUGAAUCAUUCAAAUUCAGAAUAAUUCCCUGUCUGACAAGUUUGAAAAUUCUUGCUCAUUGUCCAGAAUAUCACUCCAGUAGUGGAGCUCUAAUUGUCGGAGAUCCAGACGUGAGUGAAGUUACCAACAGCCAUGGAGACCAGCUCGAACAGCUUCCUUUUGCCAGACAAGAAGCACAGAUGAUUGGGCAGAUUCUUAAUACGGCACCUCUCACUGGAAAAUUGGCAACCAAAUGUGAAGUGCUAAGACAGAUUAGUUCGGUUGCCGUAGUACACAUUGCUGCACAUGGACGCAUGGAAACCGGAGAGAUAGCGUUGAGCCCGAAUCCUGAAAGCCGGAAAUCGCAGACCCCUGCAGAAGAGGAUUACAUGUUGACAAUGAAAGAUGUGAUGAGUGUAAAACUGCGAGCCAAGCUAGUUAUCCUUAGUUGCUGUCACAGUGGUCGAGGAGACAUCAAAGCUGAAGGCGUGGUCGGUAUUGCACGUGCCUUUAUUGGUGCUGGUGCUCGUUCUGUUCUGGUGUCGCUUUGGGCCAUCGAUGACGAGGCCACCUUGGAGUUCAUGAAAAGCUUCUACCAUAACCUUGUUAAAGGGCGAAGUGCGAGCGAGUCUCUUAACCACGCAAUGAAAUGUCUAAGAGAAUCCGAGACGUUCAGCGAUGUAAAAUACUGGGCGCCUUUUACGCUUAUAGGCGAUGACGUCACUCUCGACAAACAAGAAGAAAUCAGGGUCUCGUAA